CAACCUCGCACCCCACCGUGCCUUGCAAUCAAUAUCAUAAGACGCCAUUAUAUCCCUCGGUAUUCGCAACUCUUUCAUUUCUUACAUUUCAACAUCCAAUAUAUCCCAUACUCGUGCGGUGUGUUCCAUCGCUUGGAAAUUCUUUUGUGUACCGAUUGGUUGAAAAAGCAAUCCGACCAUGUUGAGAUUAUUUUAUAUGCAAUGAGUAAUGACUUUUUUAUGAAAGAUGGGAAAUUUGUGGGUACCACUGAAAUCAAUAUGCUAAAUAAAAUCCUAAAACGUGGCGGACUGGGGAUUUUCGAUAUUAUUUCUUAAUUCGAGCUAAGCCAUUACAACUCAUUGAGUCGUGAAAAGAGUAUUCAUUUUUUUUUCUGGGAUUUACUUAUAUAGAACAGGAUGUUCCGCAUUCUAUCGACUUCAAGGAGGCAUAGAAAGGAGUGAGGCUUGUUUUUUGGACUGGCGAUAAGUCGAUUGUUUGAAAUAUUUGUUUAUAUCCCACGGAAAGAAAGGGUAUAAUACAUGCAUCUCGUAUAUCAUUCACGCGGAGUGUAUUUAUUGCCCCAUCAAUACUAUGCAACAGAUACACGAUACGAGAACUUGAUUUAAAAAGAGUUGAAUUUUGAUAGCGAAGUAGAACUUGCCAGCGAUACGGGCCAUUUAGUGAUAAAGAAAAUGCAGAGGGAAAUCUCUAGCCCGAUACUAGUGACAAUUUAGCCAAGUGUUAUACGAUAUAGAGCGAUAAUUGUCGGUGUUGUUAGACAAUUGACUGCGUGGACAAUGUGAAGACCAAAAUUAACACCGGAAUAAACGGAGGUAUAUUACGAUUUCAGUUUAGAUAGGGAAUUCACUAGUGGAGAAAACAGCCUUGUUUCAUCGAAAAAGAAGGCAAAAUGGACGGCCUACCUGGAAUUGAAGCCCUUUUUCGAGAACACAAGAGACUGGCAUCAAAGCUAACAAAAGAUGAAAUGAGGGCUUUAAGAGGUUACCUUGACAACAGGUUGGCUGUGGAACAGAAUGAUCUGUUGUUUAACAUGAAGACACUAAAGACAAAUUUCGACAUGAAGACUUUGGAAAUGGAAGAGACGAUUACAAGAAUGCAAAAGGAGAUGGAGCUGAAGAACGAGUUAAUGCAGCAGUACAAGUCCACGGAUACAAAUUUAGCAACGGUCCAUAAACGGCGGGAGGAGAGGUUAGAACGAGAGCAGACAGUCCUCCAUUCAGACAUAGAGAGACUGAGAACGGAAGUUCUGUCUCUGACUCACGAAAUCGAACUCGUUACCCGCGAACGUAAUUCAUUUGAAAAGGAAAUUAAAGAUGCACGGAUUAAGAUAUCUAAAUUGGAAAGAAUCGCAGAAAAGGUAGAAGCUGCUGAGAAAUUGAUUAUCGAGAAUGAAAAAUGGCAGCAGGAUCUGGUCCGUUGUAAAAUGAAUGUGGAUAACAGAGAUAGAGAAAUUCUAAGGCUUCAUAAUGAAAAUGAAAAAUUGGCAAAGGAGUUCUCUGAAAAGACUGCGUUAUUGGCAAAGUUCAAGGAAGAUUUUGAAAGCUGUCGCACAGAGAUAAAGCGACUGGCGAAAGAACUCGCUGUCAAAUCCGACAAUUUAGCGGUUGCAAAGUACAACUUGGGUGAAGAAAAGCAAAACGUGAGUGAUCUGGAAAGAGAGUUGAAAAACUUGAAAGAAUCUAUUGAGUCGGAGAAAGAACAUAAGCCUGAAAAUGGUCGAACGGACUCCUUAGCAUUACGUGUUGAGUUGCUAAAGAUCCAUCACAAUCACUUAGAGGGCAGAGUGCAACUUCUGGAAGAAAAGGUACAAAUGUAUCGAAAUCAAGCCAGAAUUCUUAGUCAUGAUCUUGCCAAAAUUGCACAAGAUAUCUCAAACGUUUCCCAGCUCAAAGACAAAGUAAUAGUUCAUGGCACGACCUCUAUCGAAAAGUUGCUAAACGAGACAUACGACAGUCUUCAAGUUCGUAGAGAAAACAUGGAGUCAACGCUCAGUGAUUUAUCAUCACAAGUACCCUCCAUUAUUUCGAAAGAUGUAUUGUCUAUCAAACAAGACGUCAUGGCUGUCAAAAAGCAAGCUGAUGCUUUCAAAGCCUCAGAAAUCGCACACAAAUGCUUCCGCCUUGUUCAACGUAUUGAGGCGUGCGAGAAAACACAGAUGUUUAUCACUUCACCCAAAGGACAUUUAACAAUGGUUACUCCUUCCACUCACAACGGUUACAAAGACAACAACGAUAACAUUGUUUUGACAAACUCGAAACCGGAAGUGGAUAAAACAAGGCGACGGUCUGAAAGCAUUAUGAACGAGGUUUCACAACCUCAGUCUUCCUUUUUGCGUAGGAAGCCCUCCACUCCUCAUCUGUUCCGCUCUCGAAUGCCCCCACCACCUACCCCAUUUUCAGCUUGGCGAAGGCGAAGUUCGGUCUCACUUGACACUGCCCACAGUGUGACACCAACUCUUAUUGACCUGAACAUAAAUUCACCCGGGGUGCAGAGUCCGAGGGAAAGGUCAAGAACAUUCUUCCCCUCGUGAUUUCACCCGUGUGGGAUUAAACAAAUAGCUGUGUAAAGGCCCAUUCUUUUCAAUCGUUAUUAUAUUAUGACUUUUACUUUAUGAAUUUCUUAAUUCGUUGGUAAUCUCGGUAUUUAUCAAUUUAAAAGACCUUUGAUAUAAAAAAAAAUAUGCAUUGAUUCUUACACGUAGCAUUAAGAUUAACCAUAUUUUGAACGUCUUUCGCUUUUCCUUCAGCUCUCAACAUUUCGAAUAAUGAAAGAAAAAUUCAAUACUAGAACCCAUCUCGCUAAAAGCUAGCUUAUUAGACCAUGCAGACUUUUUAUAUGCCACGACAAAUCCUUAUAACAUAAUGCAGAUUCAAAGAUACAUUAAUGUUAUUAUAUUGCAUUUUAAAGCGCAUGUACGGAUAGUAAAUUUCCUAUUUCUUUUAAGCCAUCAUCUUAAUUCAUUGAACUAGAUUGCAAAGGAGGAUUUUAUUUGCAUAAAUAUAUCGAUGCUUUCAACUGGGGAUUUAAAGCACUUUUUCUCAGAUCUUGUCUUUCAAAAUCCCUUUCAUGUGACAGGGAAUAAUUUUUCUUUCAAAAGUAUGUAUAUAUAAACACACAUAUAUUUAUUGCAAUGUUUACUGAUUUUAAACCUGUAAAAUCACAUACUCGUUAUCUGUUUAAAAAUUAUAGUGCUGUAUAUGGAACUUAUACCUGCACUUUUGUUACAUUUUGUUUUCAUUUACAUUAAAUCUUUCAUCAACAUAAUGCCUGUCUUAUUUUUUUUAGAAUUAUUCAGAAAUGUUUGAUGUACGCAAACGUUUCUUUUAUUUAGAUUUACUAUUUGUUUUGACGCUCAAAGAUGCAGGUUUUUUUUUUCCAGUUUUUUUUUUUAACUAUGGGUUAUGUACCGGUAACGAUGACGUCUGAUAAUGAAGACGAGGAAUGAUUUCCUAUCUGAUGAAUAAAACGUAGAACUGUUUAAAACUAUUCAAUCUUUUCUUAAUAAAUGUGAAUGUUUUUCUAGAAAAUCUUCAAUUAUUGCUGUUUUUACUUUGAUGUAUUCUACAAAUUCCUUGUAUAUAAGGCAAACUUUUAAUUUCAAUUUCCGAUUAUCAAUUAUUGUUUGAUAUAUUGUACGGCAUGCAAUAUCACAAAUUGUUAUCUUGGCGGAAGUUGUUGAACUUGGGCCUAAUUUUUUUGAUUUUUAAUGUCAAUAAAAUAUGUCCAUUCAAUC